UUCCACCUUUAGUCGUUCAGCUGACUCCAGUCGUAUACGACUGUCGUUUAUCGCGUCUUUUUUAUCUCCCUUCCCCUCUCAAAUUUGCAAUUUGUUUCGAAGGAUCCUUAUCGUAAAGUAAAAUUCAAACACAUAGAAUCGUUAUCGUGCGAAACAUUGACAUAUUUUAAUUUCUACUUUUUCGUUGAACUUUUUCUUGUGUGAGAAGGAAGACGUCCAGAGAUGAGCCAAAAGCUAAAGCUUCGCGUUCGGACUCUGAUUCGACGUUAACCGGAACAGAAUGACGUUGGACGUUUUCUACGUCGACUACGACAUUUGACAAAGUGCUCAAUCCCUUUUUUCUUCGCCAAAGAGAGACAGACAGACAGACGGAGAGAGGGAGAGAGAGAGAGAGAGGGAGAGAGAGAGAGGGAGGGAGGGAGGGAGGGAGGGAGGAAGAGUGGAGGAGAGAGAGAAGGGGAAGGAUGGUAGGAUGAUCAAAGUUGAUAAUCGUCGAGAGAAAACGUGCCUCAAUAUUUCUUUGCAGCCUUCUCGUGAGCGUGCUCGCCAAAUGAAAAAAGAACAAACUCGGGGUUCGUUGUCGCAUCGAUUCUUUCGAGAAACCUUCUCACCGACACAUCGUUCUCUUUAUCUUUCCUAAAAGUAAACAUUUUUUGUCGUGUAUAACGCGUUUUGUUAGUCUUCGAUAUCGGGCACUCUCCGUACGUCAGUGCACAUUUCCAGUGCGAUGGAACUCGUUCGACGGGAUUAUACAUGAGAUACGGUAGAGUUUCAUUUUCUCCUGGUUGAAAUUAGGUCAGUCCCUAGACGUAUCGACAACGCAACGAUUGUCCUUUUCUUCUCGUCGCGAACGGAAUAAGUGUUUUUGGUGAAAAAUUAUACAGCUCGAUCUCGUUCGCAUCGAGGCUUACUCGUAAAGUCGUUAAUUAAUUCGUUUCAAGAUGAUAUUUAUGUACUUGCUCGAAACGUUUAUGUUUUUUCCCAACGACAGUUUGGACGAGAACACGUUGACUAUUAAUAAACGAUGAUCCUAUCGAAAAGAAUCAAGGAUGCCUAUGAUUUAUGUUCUUGUCGUAAAACACGGCAGUGCAAUGAUAUUAGAAUGAUCUCCAUCUAUACACGCACAUAUGUAUACAUGUAGAUGACAUAGUUUCUAACAGGUGGUGCGGUCGCGCGUAUAUAAGCUUCAAGGAAAUGUUGUCUAGCGCGAAUGUAUAAAUUCACGCGGACGUUUCCCUUUUCUUUUUUCUUUCUUUCUCCAACUUCUUUCUAUCUUUCUCUUUGUUCUUUCUUCCUCUAGAUUCGUCCAACCUAAUGCGGCUAUCUUUUGUUCUCCUCUAAAGCCGGUGCCUAGCCGGUGUAACUUUUCAUGCCAAUAAUAAAAAGCCACGUGCUGCCGUUGGUCUUUCGCGGCGGAGCAAAUGUUACGUAAGACGACUCGGCGGCGGUAUCGUGGAAAAUGCGAAAAAUGACAAAGUUCCUUUCUACGGACGCGAACGUGGCAUCCGAAUAAUCGAGAUGACAAAAUUAGGCGAACUAAUCAGGCUUAACGAAAGCGGAACUCCUAUGGGAAAAGUUUCGAAAAGCGCUAGCGAUGAUUCCAAGGCGAUGAAUCGAAGGACGAGAUAUCAUGAGACACGAAAACGGUUGAAGGGCGGCGCGUGCACGCGAUAUAAUAAGAGGCAGGGCAGAUGAAAAGAUGAGAAAAUGAAGAAGAAAGAGAGGCGUUUCUAAUUGGAGAAUGAGCGGUUUUUUCAACUCACUCAAAAACCUCGCGUCGGCAGCCGCGUACGCAGGAAGCUCUGCUUCGAGAUAUCAAGAGCUGGAAGUCGAAGAUACGAAGAUGAGAUUUAGCUUGACUCCUCAGCCAGGGGAAAGUGGAUUUCAACAAUGGCUGGACGCGAUGAAGAUGGUAGCGCGUUUGCCAGGAGGCAUACCAGCGGAAUUUCGAAAAAGACUUUGGCUGACACUGGCGGAACGUCAUCUGGAUCAACGGGGUGUAGAUUGGAAGCAGGCUGAAAAGGUUUGCUUCAACGAGUGGAGUAAUCCCGACGACGAGGAGCUCGGUAUACAAAUCGUUAAGGAUCUUCACAGAACGGGCUGCAGUUUGUUUUGCGGAGCAGCUGGACGUGACAAUCAAGCCGUGCUACGUCGAGUAUUGCUUGGCUUUGCGCGAUGGAACAAGUCGGUCGGUUAUUGUCAAGGAUUGAACGUAUUGGCGGCUCUUGUAUUACAAGUGAUGGAUCGCGCUGAAUCAUCGGCCGUGAAAGUGAUGAUUUAUCUAAUAGAGGGUGUCCUACCGGAAGGUUACUUUGCCGACAAUCUUCGCGGGUUAUCCGUCGACAUGGCCGUUUUUCGUGAUCUUCUUCGUUCGAGAAUGCCGAAAUUAUCCAAGCACCUUGAGAUUUUGCAAAGCGACGCUAAGGAUAAGGCUACUGGUAGCAGCUACGAGCCACCUCUCACGAAUGUCUUCACCAUGCAAUGGUUCCUCACGCUCUUUUGUCAUUGCUUGCCGCAAGACGCGGUACUCCGCGUUUGGGAUUUAAUAUUUCUCGAGGGUGACCAAGUGCUCCUAAGGACGGCUCUGGCCAUUUGGGAGAGUCUUUCCGACCGUAUUAUGACCGUUACGUCGGCGGACGAGUUUUACAGUAUCAUGGGCGUUCUCACGCGAGAAAUGUUGGAAUUUACGAAUACGAAUAAUCUUAUAAAGAACAUCGUCAGUUUGGGACCACUGCACGGCGUGACAGGACUUCGAGAAAAACAUAGGUAUAAUAUUACACCGUGGGCACGGAAAUUAAGCGACGACGAGGACAGCGAUACCGAGGAAGACGAAAGAUUAGCCGUGGCCGCUGCUAUGUUCAGUAUGGCACAGCGAUUGAAGAAAGGUGAACUUUUGAGUGAGCACAUUUCCUCGACGGUGGGAGCGAUACAAGCGAUGGCUCCUGGCAACGAUCGGGAACGUCUCGCUUUGGACAUCAGUACGUUGAAACAACAGUAUGCUAAGCUUCGAGAACGACAACGGCAAGCUCAUAUUAUACUAUCCGCGGCGUGCGCGAGACAGUCGAUGGUUCCACCGCCCACUUCUCAGGCCAUGAAUCACCUGUUAGUCGGUAAGAAUGCCCUGGUCAGUGGAAAGAAUCGAUCACUCGGUUUGUCAGCUGCUACGACCCCUACCAAGACGAGACCGGUCGUUCUUCAAGGUCCACGGGUUACGAGUAAAAAGGAGAGACAACAGCAAGUCGUCACUUUGCAUUGGAAGGACACGAAGAGGCAGCAGAAACACAAGUUUGGAGAGACAGCUGCCGAGGCUACGAAAUGCAACGAGAAGUUGCCGGCCGAAUCGAAGCCGAAGCCGGAGACGGUGGACGAGGUGGUAACGUCACCGAAAAGUGGGCUCAACGACAGUGACAGCGACAGCACGUCGACCGAGCUUUGCGACGAGGUCGAUCGAUGCAGCGACGUCGACAGCGAGGAGCUAACGUCAGCGUCUGACAAUUAUUACGUCAUGGCGAGCGAAGAGGAGAAAAGCGGGAGGGUCGAGGAUUCUUCGACCUCGGCCAAUUCGCCCGUUCGUGACGCGACGGCUCCAUCCCGUGACGUCGUAGCGGGAGAUAGUCCCGAUUUCGAUGAUACCUCCUCGUCGAUAGCCAAAAUCACCGAUCAAAUAAGAAGAUUAUCGGCCGAGGAUGACAAUAAUACGAUGGUUCCUCAAGCGCUUUUAAAGGGCGAGAUCAAGAAAGAAGAUGAUUGCGUUAAGAGAGGAGCGUCGCUCGAGGCUUCGCUAGAAGCGAUGAUGAUACCUUCGAAGUGUCCAAAUGGAGUCGACGAGAAGAGGGAAUCUUUAGGUUCCUUACUAAACGACGAUCGGGAUUAUUUUCAAUUUAAUUACGGCGAAUCUAUAAAUACUAGCUAUAUUCCGACGAAUAAGAACGAGGAAUCCGUUGGAGGGAACGACGACGACGACGACGACGACGACGACGGCGACGGCGACGGCGACGGCGACGACGACGACGACGAAGUUGGAGGGACGACGAACUCGGUUCUCGGAUCUCGAACGAAAGUUCGCGAUUACGAUGGCAGAUACGCUGCCGAUCUGUCCGACGAUUUCAUUUCCAAGGAUAUAUCUUACGACAAGAUGGAGGACAAGAGGGAGAAACGUUUCGAAUUGACCUUGAAUUCUUACAAGACCAAGGAAGGAUCCUUGGACAGUUAUAAAAGCAUAGAUUUUAAAUCGUCGGAUACAAUUGAGACAGAAGAUCUAAAGAUUUCACGGGAUUCUUAUAGAUCUAUACGUAGUCCCUCGGUAGAGACGGAUUUUAAAGUUUCCUUGCUUUCUUAUAAAUCGUUGAAAUCGUCGAUCGAUACGAAAGAUAAUGCUUUGGAUACGCGCGAGUCGUUAAAAUCACCAAAUAGAAUUGAUCAACGGGCCGACGCGGCUCUUCGUUCUUACGAAACAUUAAAUUCACCCGAGACGAGUAAAACACGAUUUGGCAUAUCUUUGGAUUCUUAUAAAUCUUUAAGAUCGUCGGAUGCGACGAACGAGAAGCUUUACGAUACAACGUCUUACGAAACUUUUAAAUCGUCGAACUUGAACGAGAAACGCCUCGAAACAUCUUUGGAUUCCUUUAAAAUAACCGUUCAUAAUUCGGAGACGAACGACAAAACGUUUCAAGAAUCGUUAAGUAUUUACAAUUCUCAAUUGAAAUCGGCGAACGCGAAGAACGAGGAAAGUUUCGAAAGCUCCGCGAGGACUUACGCGAACGUUUUCGGCCAGAUUCCCAGGAGAGAUAUUUCGUUGGACGUUACGUCGACGGGUUCGACGAUUCCGUCUGGACAAAGUUUUUACGCGUCGAAGACUUACGUCGUCGGCCAUCUUCCGAUAAACUCGCCGAUAAACGUGGAUCAGAAAGGAAAUACCACGAGCCAUAGUGUCCUCCCUUAUAGCACGGCCUUAAUUGACGAUCCCGUAACCAUCGGGACGAUUAGAAAUUCGGAUAGGCCAGGAGACGAAAAGUCUUGGUGCUUGGAAGGUAAUGUGCCUUCCACGGAGACAACGAGGAAGAAGAGUCCUAGAACGCCAGAUAGUUUAGAAAAGUCAUUUAGCUCGGGCGAGACGAUGGGUCCGGAUUCUAAGGCCUCGAGUAUGACCGUCAGUCCAAGGACGCCGAUUAAAUCGGUCUCCCGAGAAUUCUCUACGGACAAGUCCGUCUGUUCCUCGAUAAGCUCGGACUCGAAGACCCUCGUACUUUUGUCAACGACCGAGUCCGACCUGGUCAGAGGGAGUCCAAGAUUGGAAGGGAAGAGAUUGUCCUACGAAAGGUCGACGAGCCCGUCGACGCCGUUCAGCACUGACUCGCUCAAGUACAAAUCAGAUUCGAGCCCGAAAUUAAUCGUAAGCAGCUCCAGCGACUGCAGCUGCAGUCCGAGCAAAAUGAAGUCUUCCGAGAGGUCCUUCAGUUCGGACCUUCGAUCGCCUAUAAGUGCCAAUUCUAUAAAAUACACGUCUACGAGCUACGGGAAACGAGGUCAAGAUAAUAUUUCGGACUCGUCCAUCGAUCCGAGCACGGCCGUCUCGCCGUUUUAUCCGAUCGCACAUCCCAAUCGGAAGACUCCGUCGCCUUACGGCCUUUCGAAACGUAGAUCCAGCCGCGAAGGGGGGAGCGCGACCGAAGGGAUCUCGCCGGAACAAAGAUUCGCCGUUUCAAAGGAUUCGAGCAAGUGUUCGAACGGCGCCAAUGGUACCAACUCGGACUCCGGUACCUCGAGGAUAUUCGAUAGCAAAGAGGAAAAUGACAUUUCGAGGAAGAAUUCGUGCUUGAACGCCUUCGAACGAGAUAAAAGCGAUCGUAGAGUUUACGAAUUCGGAGCCAGCUCGAUUCUUUAUAGAAACGAAAAGGAGGAAGGGUCCACGGAGGAUAACGGGGACGAUCGCUCGUCCGAGAAAGACACGGUAUCUCAGUUGCCUCGAGAACAAUUGAACAAGCAUUUCAUGAAUCUUCAUUUCAGGCACAAGGACCGCUCGAAAUUAUUGGAAAGAAGUUCCAGCAGUCUGGAUCGAAGAUUCGCGGAUUUGAAAUCUUCAGUGUCUACGGACGAGCUCUCGGUGUCGAUCGUAAAGAAAAGAUCGAGUGACAUAUUGGAAGACAUGAAGCAUCUCGAGGCUAAGGCCUUCAGCGACGGACCUUCCGAGAGCAUAGGCAUAUUCCUCGGCAAGAAGAAUAGUUACAUAUGGGAGGAUUUUAAGAAUCUCGAGGCCAGACGACAGGACAAUUUCAGCAAUUCGGCAAGCGGCUUUUCGAGACAUCGUCUCGACAUUGGCGAACCGUACAACGGCCUAGACAACGCUAGAAAGUCGUGCUACGUUGUGCGCCCAAAGAUAAAUAUAGACGAGAGCAUCGACAGUAUCCUAAAGACGGUCUCGCGUAACAAGAUUAACGGGAACGACAACGGUGGCCACGUGGAUGGUCGGCACGACGAGGAGGACGAGGAGAACGACGGUAGAGAAUCGAAAUUGGGCGUUUGGACGAAGGUGAAGCCGAGAAAGAGGGGCGGUAACAACGGCCGGAGAAGUAGCGACAGGGCCUUGAAAAUAAUCCAAGAAAAUUCGGCGAUUCUACAAAAGAUCCUGGCGUGUCAGGCGAAAAAACGUCUACCCGAUCUCGAGGAAAUAACGAAGGAGAUUACGAUCAGCCCUAUAAACGAGGAAAUCUCCAAGAUAUUCAGUCCUAUAUUGGAGAAAAUGGGAUUGAACGAGGACGAGAUAAGCGAGGAAUUGGCGCGAAUUAAUUUCAAAGAUUUCGACGAUAUGACGGGUACGAGCAUUUCCGAAUUCGAUGCCAAGAUCAACGACGAACUAUCGAAGCUUUCCUUGAUAGACGAGACCGAGCACUUGGACGAUCUCGACGUUGACGAGAUCGUGUCCAAGGAAUAUUUCGACACGCGGGAGGCCCUGAUAGAUCGGAAAAUUAACGAGGAAUUGUCGAAACUCUUGGCGAAUUACGAGGAGGAACCACGACUGAGCGUGGCGACGUUGGAAAAGUGUUCAUCCAGUCAGAACGUGAGCGACACCGAGGGCCUCGACUUGACCAGCAUCUCGACGAACGUAUUUUCCUACAAAUCGUCGAAUGAUUCUAUCGAGACGAGGAGCGAGCAAGGCUCCUCUAGCCAGGAAAUUCAGUCGAUUCAGCCGGAAAGAUAUCCUCAAUACGCCGCCGGUCAGCCUUACUCGUCGUCGAGCUACGUAAGAGAUUUGUCGCCUAAAAGCGACAUAGACAUUUACAGGGAGCUCGAAAAAUUGGACAAAAUAUCCUCGGCACAGGUGAUACCCGACACCCCGUUGGACGUUCCAACGAAAAUCAUGUCACCGGUUGCUGUUGCUUACGUCGCCAACGUUUCUCCUUACACCUCCGACGUAACGAUACGAUAUUCGCCAAAAACUAUGCCAACGUUCAGGGAUGCUUCCCCGUUGAAGCAGGGAUCCUCUUACGAUUCAUACAAGAGCUUCGAUUUUAAAAGCAAUCUAUCCCCAAGGAGGAUACCCAGUAAUCCGUACACACCGCGUCCCUACGACAAUGCGCUUGAUUCGAAUUUCGAGUACUUUGAUCGCGAGCCUACCGUCUCCACGAAUUCCCUCUACGCCGACGUACACCCGAAGAGUCCUAUUUUAACGAAGGAAUCCUUGGAAUUUCGAGUGAGAUACGACGACAACAACGAGUCGCCGACGGUAAAUAUCACUGACGUUCUAUCGACCGAGCCCAAACAAAUGGCUAUGGAGAAAAGUGUUUUGUAUUUCGGCGAUCAAACUAACGACCCCAACAAGUCCAUCGUCGGCAACGAAUCGAGAGCCGUUCCUGCCAGUUCCUUUAUCGAUUAUUCCAAUGAAACUAGCAACGUCUUACGUCGUAGCUAUGAGCCAGCAUCGUCACCUAUGGGAAAUUAUAUUCGCGACAAGAAUACCAAUUACGACAGAGUGAUAUCUGGUAUGGUAGAAAGCGAAUCGAACGUUGGAACCUAUUUGAGAGAUUAUCAUCCUGUUCUUUCUCCAAAUCGGCGAUUCGAUCAACCCUUCCCACCGGCCAUUGACUAUCUCGCUUCGAAACUAUCACCCGGCAUCGCCGACGAAACCAAACGACCUGUCUCUCAUCCUGACUUUCCAGAGAAGAUAACGACCGGCGGCCAAUACACCGAGUCGCUACCUAUCAGAGGCUCCAGUUGUUACAAAAAAUCCUCUUUGAGUUUGGCCAAUAUAGGACGAUCGAGCAAAAGCGGGGUUGAUAACCUGAACGUCAGCCCAAGUCCGAAGGCUCAAUUCAAUCCGUUCCCGGUGAAGAAUACGUCGAAGAAGCCGAAAGAGUUGGCUCUUAAAUUAGGUCUCUACUCGCCAAAAAAUUCGCCGAGCGGACCCUCGAGAAGAUCGUAGUGGAUAGCAUUGCUUGUCUCUCUCUCUCUCUCUCUCUCUCUCUCUACAUUCUCCGAGAAGAUAUGUACGUUUUAUAUGUAUAUAUAUACAUAUAAAAUAUAUUUUAUUUUUUCUUCGAUGAUCCACGAAGGUUCAGUUACGACGAGAAAGCCUACAUGCGAUGGAAAAAGAAAAAAAACACAAAACGAUUUUGCAUCAUUGAUGUCCAAGCGCGAUGUUUUAUACACAUCUUCGACGCAUACACUCGCAUAACUUUCUUUUUUAAAUCGACAGGCAAGCCUAAAUCUAUCCUAUUCCUCGUUUGUUUUUGCCUGAUGAUAUAAUUGUAAGAUUGAAAUAUCGACUAGUAAUAAUUGUUAAGUUAAGCGAAGAAACAGGGAAUAGCUCUGCGCCAAGUUUCUCUCGCUCCAAGUUUCAAAUAAAUUGAAUCAAUUGGAAUAAUGAAAUGUGGCGAAAAGGCCACUUGAAAGAUUAGCUUCCCGUGAGUGGUACGAUAACGAGCAGUUGACGUUAGAUCUUGUACCUGUAAUUCCAAGUUACUAUCAUUCGCAUUACGACGUUUAGCCCGAUGUUUCAUUAAUGAAUUCGUUUCGACCUCUACCACUUGCGAAUGUUUUUCAAGAGAAGGAGUUAAGAACGACAAGCGCUAUGAAACACUGAAAUUUUCCAAUAAAUGCCUUUGGCUCCCUCCAAUUUUGCUGAUUAUGCGCAUAUAUGUAUAUGUGUGUACUCAUACACAUAUACAUAUACAUAUACAUAUACGUAUACAUAUACGUAUACAUAUACAUAUACAUAUACAU